AUGGCCCUCGUCGACGAGACACACGAGUGGAGUGCUGCUCGUGUGCGCCAGACCUUCUUGGACUACUUUCAGGAGCGGGGACACAAGUUUGAACACCAAUUGACCUCCCCAGUCCCCUCGUCCUCGGUCGUCCCCCUCUCCGAUCCCACCCUCCUCUUUACCAAUGCCGGCAUGAACCAGUACAAGUCCAUCUUCCUCGGCACCGUCGACCCGUCCUCUGACUUCGCAACCCUCAAGCGCGCCGCCAACUCGCAAAAGUGCAUUCGCGCCGGUGGAAAGCACAACGACCUCGACGAUGUGGGCAAGGACAGCUACCACCACACCUUCUUCGAGAUGCUGGGCAACUGGAGUUUCGGCGACUACUUCAAGGAGGAGGCCAUUGGCUUCACCUGGGAGCUGCUCACAAAAGUCUACGGCAUUGAUCCCCAGAGACUCUACGUCACGUACUUUGAGGGCUCCGACACCCUCGACCCGGAUCUCGAGGCCAAGGAGCUGUGGAAGAAGAACGGUGUGCCCGAAGAUCAUAUCCUGCCUGGAGACAUGAAGGACAACUUCUGGGAGAUGGGCGACCAGGGGCCGUGUGGACCUUGCUCUGAGGUGCACUACGAUCUGAGGGCGCCCGUCGACGGCAAGUACAGGAAUGCUGCUGAUCUGGUCAAUAAGGACGACGCUGAGGUCAUCGAAAUCUGGAACAACGUCUUCAUGCAGUACAACCGCGAGCCUGACAGGUCGUUGCGAUCGCUCCCCAACAAACACAUUGACACGGGUAUGGGCUACGAGCGGUUGGUCUCGGUGCUGCAGCAUAAGAUGUCCAACUACGACACUGACGUCUUCACACCGCUGUUCAAGAGGAUACAAGAGAUCACAGGCGCGCGGGAAUACAAGGGCAAGUUCGGCAAGGAUGACCCAGAUGGCAUCGAUACCGCGUACCGAGUUGUCGCCGACCACGCUCGAAUGAUGAGCUUCGCCAUUGCCGACGGCGGUGUACCCAACAACGUCGGGCGAGGAUACGUUGUGCGUCGUGUGCUGCGACGAGGCGCCCGAUAUGCGCGCAAGUACUUCGAGGUGGAAAUUGGCAACUUCUUUGGAAAGAUCAUUCCUACGCUCGUCGACCAGAUGGGCGACAUGUUCCCCGAGAUCAAGAAGAAGCAGCUGGACAUUAUUGAGAUUCUCGACGAGGAGGAAAAGGCCUUUGCCAAGUCGUUGGACCGCGGUGAGGGCAUCUUUGAAAAGUAUGCGCAAAAGGCAAAGGCAAAGGGGUCGAAUGAUCUGGCUGGAGACGACGUUUGGCGGUUGUACGACACCUACGGUUUCCCUGUCGACCUUACCAAGCUCAUGGCUGAAGAGCGCGGACUCAACAUCAACGACAAGGAGGUCGAGGAGGCGCAGGAGAAGGCUCGCGAGGCCAGCAAGGGCGACAAGAAGGCUGCUGGUGUGGUUGUGAAGUUCGAUGUGCACGAUCUGGGCGCGCUGGACAAUAUGAGCGAAGUCCCCAAGACGGACGACUUUGCAAAGUACGGCCGCGAGAACAUCACGGCGACUAUCAAGGCCAUCUACCACAACAAGAACUUCUUGAAGAGCACAAAGGAGGUACCCGAAGGCGAACAGUUUGGUGUUCUACUCGACAAGACAAAUUUCUACGCUGAGCAGGGUGGUCAAGAGUUCGAUACUGGACGGCUUCUUGUUGAUGGUGAGGCGGAGAUCAGCAUCGAGAAUGUGCAGGUCUACGCUGGCUAUGUUCUGCACACCGGCUACAUCAAGUACGGCGAGUUGAGCGUGGGCAGCGAAGUUCUUGCCGAAUUUGACGAGCUGCGACGAAACCCCAUCCGCAACAAUCACACCGGCACACACGUCCUCAACUACGCCCUCCGCGAAGUCCUCGGCAACGAAGUCGACCAAAAGGGCUCCCUCGUCGCGCCAGAGAAGCUGCGCUUCGACUUCUCGCACAAGGCGGGCUUGUCGGACGCCGAGCUCGAAAAAGUCGAGAAGAUAUCCAGCGAGUACAUCAAGCAAAACUCCGAAGUCUACGCAAAAGACGUCCCCCUCGCAACCGCCAAGCAGAUCCGCGGCGUACGCGCCGUCUUCGGCGAGACAUAUCCCGACCCCGUCCGCGUCGUCUCCGUCGGCACUUCCGUCGACGACCUGCUCGCCAACCCAUCAGACGCGAAAUGGGAAAAACUCUCCAUCGAGUUCUGCGGCGGGACACACGUCAAGAACACAUCUGAGAUCAAGGAGCUCGUCAUCCUGGAGGAGUCGGGCAUCGCAAAGGGCAUCCGCCGCAUCGUCGCCGUCACAGGCCAGGAGGCAUACAACGUGCAGCGUCUCGGCGCAGACUUCGCCGCUACCCUCGACGCGCUCGAGAAAAUGGCUUUCGGCGCGCAGAAGGAGGCCGAGGCCAAGAAAAUCGGCGUAGAGCUCAACCAGCUGUCUGCUUCUGCGCUCACGAAAUCAGCGCUCAAAGACCGCUUUGCGAAGAUUCAGAAGGGCAUCCUAGAUGAGCAGAAGGCUGCUGCUAAGGCAGAGAAUAAACGCGUUCUGGAUGCUGUGACGCAGCACUUUAGCGACGGGAAGCAGACGUUCCUCGUGCAGAAGGUCGCGUGGAGCAGUAAUGUUAACAAGGCGAUUAGCGACGUGCUGAAGACUGUUGGUGGGCCCAAGAGCGCGCUGAAGGGGAAGAGCGUGUAUCUUUUCGCGGCGAGUGAGGACGAGAAGAAGGUUGUUCAUGGGUGUUUUGUUGGAGAGGAUCUCAAGGCAAAGGGCGCAGAUGGACCGAAGUGGGCGGCGGCCGUUACGCCCAUUAUCGGCGGUAAGGCGGGGGGUAAGCCUGGUGCGCCGACGGCGAUCGGGCAGGGCACGAAUGCGGAGAAGGUUGAUGAUGGGGUUGAGGAGGCGCGGAAAUGGAUUGAGGGGCUUAGUUUGUAG